UUUCUAGAAUAUUAUUAGGUUGUCUUUAAUGUAAUUUAACGUAAUGUCACUUCAUGUUUGCCUAAUCCUAUAUUGUUUCAACCUUCUUUAAAUCAAACCCCAUUUUCUCUGAUUCUCUCACCAGUCAAAACAUUGUUCUCCACGAUUGCAAAAGCAAAAAAAAAAAUGAAGAACAGUAACAGUAAUACCAAGCUAAUCCUCCUCCAUCCUUAUAUCCAAAAACAAGGCAGCUCUAGCAGAUUAUGGCUUCUUGCCUUCAUUUCCUUUUUCACUAUUGCCUUCCUUUUAACUCUCAUAUACACCCGAGAGUCUGUUUCCGGUAGAACUACAGCAGCCGUAAGGACAACCGUGAGAGGCCCCGGCUCAUCUGUGUCCGCCUUUGGUGGUGGUGGUGGUGCACUAUUGCCCACCACCGUCAUCAACACUCUUCUCCAUUAUGCUUCGAGAUCCAACGACAGUUUCCACAUGACAUAUGCGGAGCUGAAGCCGAUCUCUGAUGUCCUACGUAAAUGUUCCUCCCCAUGCAACUUCCUCGUUUUCGGUCUAACACAAGAAACCCUCCUGUGGAAAGCACUGAACCACAAUGGCCGCACCGUUUUCAUCGACGAAAACCGGUACUACGCGGCCUAUUUCGAAGAGUUGCACCCCGAAAUCGACGCUUACGACGUCCAAUACACGACCAAGGCAAGCGAAACGAGAGAGCUCAUAGCAUCUGCUAAAGCACAGAUCCGGAACGAAUGUAGGCCGGUCCAAAACCUGCUGUUCUCAGAUUGUAAGCUGGGAAUCAAUGACUUGCCGAACCAUGUUUACGAAGUGGAUUGGGACUUGAUAUUGAUCGAUGGGCCAAGAGGCGAAGGAGACGAAGGCCCUGGAAGGAUGCAACCGAUCUUCACGUCGGGGGUGCUUGCAAGAAGCAAGAAAGGGGGCAAUCCCAAGACGCAUAUAUUUGUUCAUGAUUAUUAUAGAGAUGUGGAGAAGAUGUCUGGGGAUGAGUUUUUGUGCAAGGAAAACUUGGUGGAAUUGAACGGAGUGCUAGCACAUUUCGUGGUGGAAAGAAUGGAAGAGAAUAGCUACCAAUACUGUCGCAACAAGAACAUCAAUACAUCAAGGAAAGCUUCAUCUUCAUCUUAGUUCAUGAAUGUGAUGAUCAUAUAUAUAUAACAGUCCCAAGCCAAGGUGUCAAAAAUGGUAUAAAGGGAGGUGAAUACGGAUUAUUUAUCAUCAUUUGGAAACAUUUUAUAGAUGGAUCUUUUCUUUGUUGGGGAUGGUGUUCGUGCAAAAAAUAAUUUUGUAUUUGGCAAUGAAAAUUGUAAGCUCAUAGAAUCAGAAGAUCCAGAACUUACCAAAAAGAAAAAAAAGAGACUUUCAUAAUUAGGCUUUGUAUAUUGGUAUAGUAUGGCGAUGAUAAAAGGUGAAAAAAAGAACACCAGGAUGGAUAAUGUACGAUGAAAACUUACUAUGAAAAAUUAUGGUUUGAAAUUGUGAGAA